UGUAUUGUAACAGAAGAGGUUCUCUCUCUCCGCUCUGUUUGUGUUGUUUUUCUCAUUAGACUACUUGUGAUGGUUGCAACACCCCACGAGCCUAACAGUGCAUCUUCAAAGUCUUCUAAUCUUAUCUCUGCAAUUCCAACUCUUCCAUUAUUUCUUUCUUUCUCUCUCCUCUCCAUCCUUUUCUUCUAUCUUCACUCUCUAGUCCAACUAAUCAUCAUCAUCACUCAACAAACCCAAAAACUCCAUCAAAACUUCUCUAUUUUCUCACCCAUCAUCCCAUAGUUUCUGCAUUAAUUUCCCAUCCCUAUAGUCACCGCUUUAGAGUUAAUGGCUCUGGAGACAUGGCUGACCAAGGUGAAGAAGACAAUAUCACAAGGUUUCGGUUCACUACGCGCCACAGCACCACAGACAAAGCCGGCAGUGAUGAUCAAGAAAUCUAAUGUCGGAGUCUUAGCCUUUGAGAUUGUGGGGUUCAUGUCAAAGCUCCUCCAUCUAUGGCAAUCUCUCUCCGACAGGAACAUGGCUCGCCUUCGCAACGAAUCCAUAUCCCUUGAAGGUGUUCGAAAGAUUGUCUCAAUUGAUGAAGCUUUUCCUCUCAGCCUCGCAUGCGCAGAGAUGGUGGAAAAUCUCAGACUCAUCGCCAAAUCUGUGUCUAGAUUGAGUAAGAACUGCUCGGAAUCGAAUCUUCGGUGCUUUGAUCAACUGUUUGAUGAGUUCGCAAACACGGGUCGUGAUCCUUACAAUUGGGUUUUGAGCUGGAAGGAAAUGGAAGCCAAGAACAAGAAGAUUGAUCGAUAUGUUACUAUCACAGGAACACUUCGUAGAGCCAUGGAGGAGCUCACAGUUUUGGAAAGUGGUUUGAGAAAAACUCUACAGUUUAAAAAACAUAAGGUUUCGAUCAAAGAACAAAAAAUCAUUGAUUUGAAGCAGAAAAUUCUAUGGCAGAAACAGGAAAUUAAGUAUCUGAAAGAGAGAUCUUUGUGGAGUCGAAGCUUUGACAUGGUAACUUCUUUGCUUGUUAGAUCAACGUUUACUAGUCUUUCAAGGAUCAAGCUGGUUUUCGGGAUCAGCCAUGGAUAUCCAGCUUAUCUACCUCGUAGUCUCUCAGCUUCAGCAGCAGUCUACCCUUCUGAAAACCCUAAUAGUAUUGUAUGUGAUUUUGUGUCGGGGCCAUUGAUCAAGAGCUCUAAAUCUCUAGAAAAGAAUGGUUCACUUCAUGAAUUCUUCCAGUUAAACUCGAAGAUCCUUAAACCACCUUCGAGUACAUUAGGGGCUUCUGCUCUGGCUCUACACUAUGCAAAUUUGAUAAUUGUGAUGGAGAAGAUGAUCAGAUCGCCUCAGUUAAUAGGUGUUGAUGCAAGGGAUGAUCUUUACUCCCUGUUGCCAAAUGGUAUCCGAUCAUCGUUGAGGACUAGAUUGAAAGGUGUCGGGUUUUUGGCGAGUGAUCGAGUUCUCGCCGGAGAUUGGAGAGAAGCUUUGCAGAAGAUCUUGGGGUGGUUGUUGCCAUUGGCACAUAACAUGAUCAAAUGGCAAAGUGAAAGGAGCUUUGAGCAGCAAAAUUUGUUGCCCAAGACAAAUGUUCUUCUCUUUCAAACGUUAUAUUUUGCUAACCAAGAGAAGACUGAAGCAGCCAUAACCGAGCUGCUAGUGGGUCUCAACUAUAUUUGGAGAUUUGAGAGAGAGAUGAAUGCUAAGGCCUUGAUUGGAUGUACCAACUUCAAUGGUUUCCUGAAUUUGCAGAAUCCUAGCUAAUUAGGGAACAAUUUUUCUUCUUCUUCUAUUUGUUUUCUUUUGGGAGUAAUUUUGUUUUUGAUGAUUUGUCAUGGUAGAUUUAUCCAGAAUGAACCAGCUUCAGAUCUGUGAGGCUUUGUUUUGGUUCUAAACCAUGGUCUGUAUAUUGUAAUAUAACUUUUGUAAAUGAUAUGAUGGAGUUCAACU